GUGAAGUUCAAAGCCACGGAAGGCACCUGCUUAGCGCCUGCUUUGCACGGUUGAGCCGUUAAGCCGUCGAGCGCCUAGACCACCUUGCAACAAGGGGGUGGAGGCAAGCAGAGCGGUUGUCACGCCGACCGUCAACCUCAUUGCCCUCCCAUUUUUUGACGCAAAAUAGUUUUCAGUUGUUGCACUUCCUUUGUUUGAAAGACCGCAUGCACAAGACUUGCUCGGGGUGACUUGCACUGCCUUUGUUUCGGCUUCAGUUCCGUGCUGGAUCCAGGGCCAAAUGUGGCCUGGGGUCCAGGAAUGCAGGGCGAUGAUGCCAGGACCUCCAGUGUGGGCACGCUGGCGGCCCUUAUUUUGCUUUCUGCACUGAAGGGGGCGGAUCUACAAUUGCUUCCAUCUUCGUUUCGGGCGAUGGAGCAUGAGAUGGGCCUAAAGCCUCACAUACUGGGCGUGAUGGCCUUGUGUCAGGGGGUGGCCUGCGCAGUCACAGGCCCAAUAUGGGGCAAUUUGGUGGACUGCGGAGCUUCAAGGAAGCUCUUGCUGAAGGUUGGCGCAGGGCUUUGGGGGCUUUGCACGUUUCAACUAGCGUUUACUUCCAAAGUUUGGGAAAUGCUGCUGCUACGUCUCUUGAACGGGGCAGCACUUUCCAUGCUUUGGCCAGUGGUGCAAUCCUUCAUUGCAGACUUGACCACUUCAAAGAAUGUUGGGCAGGUUUGUGGCAAGGUUCAUUGUGCUGCACACUUUGGUCAAGUCAUUGCUUGCUUGAUGGUAGUUCCCAUCUCAGAGCAGGAAAUUAUGGGCUUGAUGGGCUGGAGACUGGCUUUGGCUGUCGUUGGCGCUCUCAGUUUGAGUGUUGUACUCUUCGUGGAAUUGGCCGUGGAGGAAGUAGCUAGGAGCUGGGAUUCCAGGCGCUUUGGACUUCUUUGUGAGCUUCGCAAAUUGGCAGGCUUCUUCCGUAUUCGCACGUUUUGCGUCAUUGUUCUACAAGGUGUCUUUGGCACCAUACCUGCAGCAGCGCAAUCCUUCACUACAAUGUAUUUCCAAUACCUUUCGAUCGGAAACAGCAUGUGUGGACUAAUCACUGCCAUCAGAACUGUCGGCGAUGGCAUUGGCGGUGCUUUGGGAGGAUAUCUCGGCGAUGUGGCCAGUUCUGUGAGCCCGCGAUAUGGGAGGACAUGUGUAGCCAUGAUCUCUGUCACUGCAGGCAGUCCAUUCGUGUAUGUUGUCUACAUGGCCAUUCCAAGAGAAGCCAGUCUUGGUGUGUUCUUUGCAGGCAUUCUAUUUUCAAUGGGUCUUUUUACCAGUUGGGAGGUGCCAGGCUGUUUGCAGCCGAUGAUGAUGAACAUCGUCCCAAAACGACAUUUAUCGUCGGCAUUCUCUUGGGAUGUUGCCAUUGUUUUUGCAAGCGGAAACACUCUUGGACCUUUGCUGGUGGGAUUCAUUGCCCAGGACAUCUUCAUGUACCGCCAGACUGAAGGGAGUAUUGCGGACAUGAGCCCAGAACUUCGCGCUCACAAUGCUUCAGCUCUUGGCAAAGCCCUUUUCUUUAGUUGUGUCAUUCCUUCCUUGCUGAGCGCUCUGAAUUUUACGAUGCUAUUCUGGACCUACCCCGCAGACAGGGAAUUGCUGAAGGACAGAGAAGCUUCGGACGAUGAAUCUCACGAAGCUCACGAGGGUUCUUGGCUCCUGAAGGAUGUCGAAGGCAAGCUGACCAGGCAACAAACCUGAAAAAAGUGCUGAAAUGUUUCGACAGACGCCAAGAUUGAGUUCAAGGCCGCGCACGUAGAAUUAUCCAAAGGGCUCGGUGAUUUUCAUGAUGUUCUGAAAUAUUGGCUCAAGGCAGAACUUCCGUUACAUUUCAACUACGAGUCACUAGUCAUAAGUUCUAGAUAGCGAUGCAGAUGGCGACAAACAGACCUCGUAGCUGCCUAGAAAGCACCAUUGGCCUUAGGAAUCAGUUUGAAAGACGCUGCGAAUCACUCUUGGCAAAGCAUAGCAGGACUUGCUAUGAGGGAGAAGACUGUGACUGGUUCUUGGCUGGCGGGGAUGCAAGGAAGCUUGUCUCGUGAACUUGCAGAGACCGACUUGAAGGAGAAGACACAUCCUGGUACAAAGGAGGAGGAGGACGAACUGUCUAUUUUGAAGGCAUCGCUAGCUCAGCGGGAGGCUGCUUGCCUCCGAAUUGAGGGCGAGAAUUUCAUUCUCAAAGCGCAGGUGGAACACCUGCAGCAAAAGGCGCAAGAUGCGACCAAAGAAGUGCAAUCUUGCCAGGCAUACUUGGCGCAAGCCCAGCAGUUGCUGGAGUGUGUUGCCAAUGGCCGCAUGCUUCAUCGCACAGAUGUAGAGCCGGUCAGAGCAACCAUUGCAGCCGCACGCAGAAGUGCCAAGCGAGCUUUGCAGGGAAAAGGGCGGAGCCACCCGCAGAUGCACAAUGUGGCAGCUUUGCCCGGGGAAGCAUCUCUCCAGGCGAAGGGCGGAAAUGCUUCAAAGCUCUCUCCCCGAGCAGAUAGGUCAAGCGGUGGCAAUUCUAAGGACCGACGAUCACCUGGCAGAGUGGCCCGCGCCAACUCCGCCGGAACCGGUGGGACAGGGAGCUCUGAGGCUGAAGUGCAUGUCAACCUGCCUCCGAGCCCCAGCAUGGUGAGUCCUCGACAAGGCCCUGCCAAAGACCUGGCUUGGUCGAAAGCAUCCGAUGAACACAGCUCCAAGGCCGAAUUGGACAGUGAGCCUCGACAAGUGCUACAGACGUCAGACCUGAAGACACAGUUUCUUCGGCAGCGCGCCCUUCUGGUGGCAGCGCUAAAGAAGGGCUCGCAGGCGGAGGAGAAGAUGAUUACCAUGAAGGAUGACUUAACACGCAAGGACGUAAUCAUCCACAACCUGAAGCAUGAUCAGCUUGCCCUUCAGCAGGAACUCCAGAAUCAGCAGCAGCUGUUUGAGAGCCAGUUUCAGCUCAUUCAGCAGCAACACCAGGCGCAACAACUUCAGCAGGUGAAGCAGUACCAAGACCUUGAGGCACUCCUGCAUGCGCAUAUGCAGUCACGGGCACCCGAGCCAGAGGAGCCAUUGGUACCGGAGCUGCUGGAAGGCGUACCAUGCACUUGGAAUAUGGAGGCAAUGCCAGUUCUGAGCUCACCAGAGACUUGAGAGCCAAUGACGGUGGGAUGAAUUCGACGAGCAGUGUCAGAAGACAGGGCACGCUUGGCACGGUUGCAAGAAGCCACGGAAAGAACAUCUCAAUGAAGUGGUCUUAAAGCGGGUUUGGCAUUUCUUUGUCGUAACUUGUUCCGCGUUGCGUCCAAUUUGAUGGUCGGUGUGGUCGCUCUCAGGUGCACGCACUUGUGGACUCAGUCCCGCACUAGCACAAACAGAAUUUCCAGAUUAGUAUCUGGAUGACCGACUGCACAGCACGUUUGUAUUUUUAUGCCCUGAUCGUGCCUUUGGCCACAGGAUGCACUCGGAACGGGGAGGAAAAGGCAUCAUUCCUACUUCUGUGUGGUAUGGUGAAUUGUUGGGCAUUCUUUGAAGGUAGGUAUGUGUGGCUUUGGGUUUGGAAGAAUCAAUGCGCUUCACUAUCCGCCUGAAGGAUUCUGAAAGUGUGGAUAGGGAGCGGAAGGAGCUGAAUUUGGGGUUCCGAAUGCGCCCACAAAUUCCACACAGUGUCUUGUGGUAGCAUAAUUAGCAGGAAGUGGUCAGCCCCAAAGAGAUUUGCUAUAUAGUUCUGUCCACGAAGCACCUGCAUCUUUUUGGUGCUUAGUGCUUGGGUGUUUGUGGAUCAUCCCAGUGUAGCAAAGCACGGAAUUGCCAAACAAGGUACUGUAACAGUGACAAUUAUAGUUGUAAGUCACAUUAAGUCACUACGUGCAUGCCGUUCUGGUGGUACGACGGCAAGAGCGCCAGGUUUCCAUAGCUUCAAAAUUUGAACUUGUC